AUGGUCCACAGUAAAAACAAUAAAUUAAAUAAUCAACUUUCUGCAACAGAAAUUGAAAAAAAUAAUAAUAAUAAAUUAAAAAAACUUUUGAAAAAAUAUGAAGAAGAUGUAAAUUUUACAAAUAGAUUAUAA